CGAAUACGUUUGUGUUUGUUUCGACCAUGUUCAAACAAAGUAACUCGCUGCUAGUUCCGUAGCUACAUGCUAACCGGCUACGGCUAAGCAAGCCGGUGUAUAAUUUUGAAACUUUGCUUGAAUUCGCUUUUUAUGUUCUGUCUUCACCUGGCAAACGUUUGUGUUUACAACCUUGUAGUCACAUUUAAGAAAAUGACGCUUCCAUUCCACAACAAAAGUGCCAACUAAAAACUUAACAGCACUAAAGUUUUGUCGUUUUCAAACUUUGUCAAAAUGAAUUGAUGAAAGGCAAUGAAGAGAGCAAAGCUGUUUGGAGUCGUCUUCACUGCCGCCUUUGUGCUGGCCUAUGUAUUCUUGGUCAGACGCCAUUACGCCACCAUCACGCCUCACGCUCAUCAACUGCCGCCCCACUUGCCUUUUCGCUUGGAACACUUUCAGUAUGGCAUCAUGUUUGACGCUGGCAGCACUGGCACCAGAAUCCACAUUUUCAAGUUCAAGAUGGACACUGGAGAUGCGCCCGCUGUGGCCCGCGAGACCUUCCGAGCCAUCCAGCCCGGACUGUCCGCCUACGCCGACCAUCCAGACGAGUGUGCUGCUGGCAUUGUGGGGCUACUGGAGCUGGCCGAGUCCACCAUCCCGCCCUCCUCAUGGAAUGCCACCCCGGUGAUUCUGAAGGCCACCGCCGGCCUCCGCCUCCUUCCUUUCCAGAAGGCCAACAAUCUUCUGGAGCAGGUGAGGGCCCUGUUUGACACAUCACCCUUCCUGUCCCGGCACGACAGCGUGUCCAUCAUGGACGGCACUGAUGAAGGAAUUUCUGCAUGGAUCUCCAUCAACUUCCUCAUUGGUUCCCUCCACCGCGUCCACUCGUCCACAGCGGGGAUGUUGGAUUUAGGCGGCGGGUCGACCCAGAUCACCUUCAGCCCCGAGGGCGAGAGAAGCAUUCAGACCUCCCCCAUGGACUACAUCAGGUCCUUCACAGUGUUCAACAUCAGCCGCACCCUCUACGUCCACAGUUACCUGGGGUUGGGCCUGAUGUCUGCUCGGCUCGCCAUCUUAGGAGGCGUCGAGUCCCCGCCCUUAGAGGGCAGCACUGAGCUGUCGAGCCCCUGCCUGGCUGCAGAGUACUCUGGCAGGUGGGAGUACGCCGACAUGGUGUUCACCGUGCGUGGACAAAAAACAGGAGAGGAACCUUACGAGGCGUGUCUGGCCAGAGUGGAGAAGGUUCUGGAUGGGAAGGUGAGCAUGGCGGAGACAGGGGACAUGGACUUCUACGCCUCUUCUUACUACUACAACCGUGCAGUUGAUUUGGGCCUCAUUGACGAAGUCGAGGGAGGAAGUGUUCAAGUGUCAGACUACAUCGGAGCGGCUAAAAGAGUUUGCAGUGAAAGGCCUCGCAAUUCUCCACAUGAUCCUUUUCUCUGUCUGGACCUGCUCUACAUCUCAGUCCUGCUGCAGAAGCUUGGCUUCCCGCCACACAAACAUCUCAAGCUAGGACCAUCAACCAGGUGGAAACCAGUUGGGCUCUUGGAGCAAUAUUCCAGUCCAUGGAGAUCCUGCAGGCCGCAAACAAUUAAAACCUGCCGCCAGAACCCAAAAGAUCCUCCAUAUUAUUUAUCUCCAAGGGGGCUCCUGGUGUUUGUGCCUUCACAUCAAAGAAUGAGCUGACCAGCAGAUUGUUCACACUUGCUUCUGGACCUUCUCGUCCACAGCCAACGACAGCAAGUCCGAUUGUUUGUCAUUGAUUGGUAAUGUCUGGCAGCUCUCUUGUUGUACAUUCAAAACAUGGUGCUGCCCUGUGCUUGACAGUGUGACCUGUCAAUCAUUUUUUUGUACAGUGUAUUCUUUGAUAAUAAACUUUUUUUAAU